AUGAUUUAGCAAUCAAUAAAUGAAGAACUAAAGUGUUAAGAACAUAAUGAAUAAGCUAUUUUUAUUGAUUUUUCAAUUAAGGAUUCCCGCUUACAAAAUAAAUGCUUAAAAUGUGUUGGAAGGGAGAGGUAAUUAUGGGUUGAUGUUCAAGAAGCAGACAGGCAUUUGGAAAAUGUUAAACAAACAGUUUUGAAUGAGAAAUAAUUUCUUCAUUAGAAGAAUUUAGAAGUCUUAUAAGAAUUAUCUAGUCAACUAAAAUAAUUGAAGAUAACUUUUAAUAAUAAUCUUGAUAAGACAUUAUUAAACAUAGAUCAAUAAAUUGAGUUUAUUUAAAAAGCUAUAGACAAGGAAAAUAAGUCAAUUAUUGGACUAAAGAUAUCUCAACUAGAUUCUUUUGAAUCUCAAAAUAAUAGUGUAUAACUUUAAUAAAUAGAUUAUCAAUAAUUAUAAUCUUUUUAUGGAGAAUAAAUUAAAAGAUUAAGAAUGGAUUAAUAAUUUAUUUAAUUUGAAGAAAACCUUAAGAAAAUUGAAUAUAAUCAAAAAGAUUCUAUCUAAGAAGUAAUUCAAACUUUUUCAUCAGGAAUUUUUUAAUCUAGUAGAAUUUUAAAUUAAAAUUGGCAUUGUGAUAAUCACUAACUUUAGGUGGCUCUUGUUGAUUUAAAUGAAUAGGGAGUAGUUCCAAAUAGAUUAGCUUGUAUUGAUUGUGUUACUGAAUAUCCAAUUAAAUAUACUAAAUUGGAAUAAUUAAAAUAAUUUUGGUUAGAUUAUGUAGACAAGACAUUAAAUUAUUAAGAACAAUAAUAAAUAAAUCUUAAUGAAAAGGCUUCAAAGGCAAUGUAAAGAUUUUCAGUCUAUUAAGAAGUCAUUUCUAAUUUAGUAUAAUAAUUAACUUAAACAAUUUUGUUAAGGAAUACUCCUAAUUGUCAAGUAACAUAAAAUUUGAUUAAAUUGAAAACAAAAAAUUGGUAUUAAUUAGACAAAUCAGAAAUUAUUGAAAUUUCUAAUCUCAUGAGUAUAACAAAAAAAUAAGAAAUUAUUAAUGAUUCCAUCAGAAAUGAAUUUAAAGGAUUAUAAAUUUAAUUAAAAACAAACUUCUUAGAUUCUUUCAAAACUUUUCAAGAAAAUCUUAUUGCAGCAUUUUAAUAAAUAUAUGAAGAAAUAUAAAUUGAAUUAAAUACUGUAGAAACAGAAUAAUAUUCUAAUAAUUCACCUGUAACAGAGUCAGGAAACUUAUAAUUGUAGAAUUAGAAUACUAUGAAAUAACCGUUUAAAUAUGAAAUAAUUAAUACUAUUAAAGAUUAGAGAAUCGAAACAUUUGCUUUUAAUGAAAAUCAUUCUCUUCUUGCUGUUGGUUAUUAUGAUUCAAAUAAAAUAAAAAUACAUGAAUUCAAUUAAGGAUAAAUGAUAGAAAUUUAAGAAUUAACAGAUCAUAAGUAGUGUAUAUUUUGUUUAAAUUUUUUCAAAUAAUCAUAAUAAUUAUUGUCAGGCAGUUUUGAUAAUACAAUUAUUAUAUGGGAAAUGGAUAGCAACAAUAAAUGGAAUUUUAAAUUUAGUCUAAAUGGUCAUGGAGGAGGAAUAUACUGUCUAAGUUUAAAUAAUAAUGAGAAUUAGAUUAUAUCUGGUAGUGCUGAUAAAUCAAUAAAGAUUUGGGAUAAAGAUUAGGAAUGGAAAUGCAUUUAAACAUUAUCUGUACAUAAAAAUUAAAUAACUAGUAUUAGUCUAAGUUAAUCUAAUUAAUAUUUAGUUUCAUGUUCAAGUAAAGAUGAAUAAAUUUUCAUUUUUAAGUUUUAAGUUGAUUAAAAACUUUGGAUUUAAUUUUAGGCAAUAAAAAUGGAUAAUUGGGGAUUCAAGGUAUGUUUUUUAGAAAACUUAACUUUUGCAUUUUAACCAUUCAACAAUACAAAAAUGUACAUCUUUUAAAUAAAUAAUUCAAAUAAUUAAUUUAUUAAGGAAUGUGAAGUAGAAGUAAAAGCAGGAAAUAGUUGUUAUCACUUAUUUCCCUUACAAUUUAUAUAGUCAAAGCUAAUGAUUAUCAAUAGAAAUGGAGGCACAAUUAAUUUUAUAAGAAAAUAAGAAAAUGGAUCAUAUAUAACCUAAUUUUUUAUUGAUUAUGAAGCUGAUAGAAUUUUUGGCACAAUGUCUGAAGAUGGAUAAUAUUUGAUUACUUGGGAUAAGUAAUCUUAAGAAAUUUAGAUAAGAUAAUACAGAGAAUGA